AUGUCAGAGGAAUCAGACCAAUACAAUAUCAGCAAUUGCCCAACCUAUCAACGUAUCGAAUUUCAUGUGAUGGACAUCCUGAACCAAAGUCUAUCUGAUAUUACCAGCACAGAAACGGAAUUCAACCAUGCCUUAGCAGUAUGGCAUGACUUCAUACGAGAUUUGAUUCAGCAUCGACGUGACAACCCACCUGAAGUGGACGAAGAUUGGACGUUUAUUGACAAUUUGAUGAAGAAUUCAACAACAGAGAAACAACUUCUUUCAGAUGUUAUCACAUACUUCAUUGCCGGUUUUCAUGCUAUAACAUUCACGUUGGUAUGGGCAAUAUAUUAUAUGUGUAAAGACCAAAGUGUUCAGGCUAAGCUGCAUGAAGAGCUUCUAAGAGUUCUUGGCCAAGACCAGAAUGUGAAUCAUAUGAACAAGAAACAGCUUCAGUACAUGAGUCAAGUGAUUGAUGAGUCGAUGAGAUGUUCUCUAAUAGCUCCAUUUGGUGCAAGGGUGAACAACAAAAUAGACAUGACAAUACAGGGAUAUACAAUACCAAAAGGAACACCAGUGAUGCUGGCAUUUGGCGUUGUUCAUCAUGAUGAGAAAAUAUGGCCUGACCCAGAAAGAUUCGACCCUGGAAGAUUUUCUCUGGAACGUUGCAGGAAACGUCAUGCGCUGGCUUUCACUCCAUUCGGAUUUGCUGGUAAACGGAAAUGUCCAGCAUUUCGUUUGUCAUAUGCUGAGAUUACUGUAUUUUUGUCAACUUUUUGUAGGAAGUUUAAAUUUCAACUUGUCGAGGGUCAAACCAUAGACAAAACAUAUGGACUUAUAACCAGACCAAAUAAUGACGUCUGGAUCACAGUUACUGCAAGAGAGUAA